AAAGGUUCUUCCUUUCAAGUGUAUUUUUCUAUCACAAGCACAAACUCAGCAGCAUACAGCUUUCCCAGAUGAUUCUGUUGAAUCCAAUAGCAAAGAGUUUGGGCAGAGCAUAUGCUCUGGCUUUUGCUGAAAGAGGAGCUUCAGUAGUUGUGAAUGAUCUUGGAGGUGAUUUUAAGGGAUAUGGCAAAAGCUCCUCAGCUGCUGACAAAGUUGUCGAUGAAAUCAGAGCAAAAGGAGGGAAGGCAGUACCCAAUUAUGAUUCCGUGGAAGAUGGUGAAAAGCUUGUGAAGACAGCCCUUGAGGCUUUUGGGAGGAUAGAUAUUGUUAUAAACAAUGCUGGGAUCCUGAGAGACCGUUCCUUUGUUCGGAUAAGUGAUGAGGAUUGGGAUAUAAUUCACAGAAUUCAUUUGAGGGGAUCAUUCCUAGUCACCCGAGCUGCAUGGAACCAUAUGAAAAAUCAGAAGUUUGGCAGAAUAAUUAUGACGUCCUCAGCUGCUGGAAUAUAUGGAAACUUUGGUCAGGCAAACUACAGUGCUGCAAAACUUGGCCUUUUGGGUCUUUCAAACACAAUUGCAAUUGAAGGCCGGAAGUAUAACAUCCACUGCAACACAAUUGCUCCUACUGCUGGAUCCAGGCUGACCCAGACCGUCAUGCCACAAGAUCUGGUCGAUGCUUUCAAACCAGAAUAUGUUGCUCCUUUAGUAGUUUGGCUUUGUCAUGAGAGCUGUGCUGAAAAUGGCAGUCUGUUUGAGGUGGGAGCUGGGUGGAUUGGAAAAUUGCGCUGGGAGCGAUCCUUGGGUGCCAUUGUCAGAGGAAAGAAUCAGCCAAUGACUCCUGAAGCAGUGAGAGAUAAAUGGGAGAGGGUGUGUGACUUCGAUAAUGCCAGCAAACCCAGGACCAUCCAAGAGUCCAUAAGUGUAUUGAGUGAUGCUCUGAGUCAGAUAGAAUCUCAAGGGAAUGUUUCUAUGAAUUCAACAAGCUCUGGAUCAGUGGUCUCUUCUUCUGUUGACACGACAAGCAUUAUUGGCCGUGAAUUGGGUACCAAUGUGUAUAAAUACUCUCACUUGGAGCCUAUUCUAUAUGCACUUGGUGUGGGAAUGUCAACUAAGGAUCCAGACCACCUAAAAUUUCUCUUUGAAGGAAGUGAAGAAUUCUGCUGUUUACCCAGCUUUGGAGUAAUUCCUGCUCAGACGUCGAUGUUCGAUGGUGUUCCUUCUCUUUCAGGACUAAAUAUUGAUCUUGCAAGGAUGCUGCAUGGUGAGCAAUAUCUGGAGCUUUAUAAGCCAUUACCAACCUCAGGAGAAUUGACUUCAGUUGCAACUGUUGCUGAUCUUCUGGACAAAGGAUCAGGAGCAGUCUUGCUAAUAGAUGUGAAUACCUAUUGUGGAAAGGACCUAGUGUGUUACAAUCAGUUCUCUUUGUUUUUUAUUGGAGCUGGAAGAUUUGGUGGAAAACGAACAUCAGAAAAGGCCAAGCCAACAGCAGUUCCACCCAAGAGACCCCCUGAUGCUGUAAUUUCUGAUGUAACAUCAGUUGAUCAGGCUGCCUUAUAUCGGCUGAGUGGGGAUUGGAAUCCUUUACAUCUCGAUCCAAGUUUUGCUGCUCUUGGAGGAUUUGAGAAGCCUAUUCUUCAUGGACUAUGCACCUUUGGAUUUGCUGCUAGGAAUGUUUUGAAGCAGUUUGCAAAUAAUGAUGUGAACAGAUUCAAGGCAAUCAAGGUUCGCUUUGCAAACCCAGUCUAUCCGGGGCAAACUUUGCAAACAGAAAUGUGGAAGGAAGGAAAUAGAAUCCAUUUUCAGACCAAGAUCAAGGAGACUGGGGAACUUGCCAUUGCAGGGGGCUAUGUGGAUAUAGUACCAGCCCUGGAAAAGCCUUCUGCUCGAGAACCUCUAAUGACUGAAGGGCUGCAGAGUAACCUUGUGUUUCAAGAAAUUGGUCGUCGUGUGAAAGAAAUGGGAAAUGAAUUGGUAAAGAAAGUAAAUGCCAUAUUCCAGUGGGACAUCACUAAGGAUGGAAAAACAGCUAUGCAGUGGACAAUUGACUUAAAGAAUGGCUCUGGAGCAGUGUAUCAAGGACCUGCCAGAAGUUCUGCUGAUACUACCUUCACUCUCUCGGACGAGGAUUUCAUGGAUGUGGUACAACAAAAGAUCAACCCCCAAAAGGCAUUCUUUUCUGGUAAACUAAAAGUGAAGGGGAACAUCAUGCUGAGCCAGAAACUGGAAAUGAUUCUGAAAGACUAUGCCAAACUCUGAACUGCUUGAUCAUCUACCAUAGCACUGAAGAACUGUAGAAGAUAGAAACUCAGUUAGUUAAGAACCAAUGAUUUGCAGGCUAGUUAACAUCAAUGUGCUGAUUCAUUAUAUGGCUAAUACACAAACUGAUUUAAUUGCUGUAGACAGAAGUCAUGAAAUGAACAUAACUGUUACUAUUUUCCCUUUUUAGUUUCUCAGCAAUGGUAGAGAAUCAUACUUUCUGAUUGCACAUCUUUAUCUAAAUAAAAUGUAUUUAGUUCUUACAAAGAAGCAUAUAUUUCUAUGUUAAUUCUGAAGAAAAUUAAACCAAUAGACUUCUUU